GAUUAUGUUGAACUCGACUGCCAUUAUUCUAAUCGUCGUUCUAACUCUACCCGUGAACUCAGUCGAUCUCACUGUGGAGGUGUCCGCCACCGGAACUGAUGUAGUGCUAGCCACAGUCUCCAGGCUCGAGUCUGCGCAGAUAUUCGCCUCGGACAAUCGCCUCCUGCGCAGGAUAGCCUUCGUGGAGACGGACGACGGAUUACAGCCGGAGGAGACCAGCCUCGAUCAAGGCGGCAUCUGGAGGGUAGACUAUGCUCGGUUCCAGCAAACAACCACGGACGCAUCGCUGGCAGAGAAGCGAGCAGACGUAGCAGCAGCAUUUCCCGAGGUGGGGGACUGGGGAGAGGCUGUGUGGGAGGACUUGAGCAAGCCUCUAUGGUCUGCAUUGGCCGCUCGCCUGGUCCUGUUUCUCGCCGAGACCUCCGCCGCCACCAGGGAGAUACCCUGGUGCUAGCGAUAUAGAGGGCCAGGCUCUGUUCUGGAGAGACGUGUACAACAGUGACGGAGACACAGCAGAGUUUGAGAGAAGGGUUUACUUACUGAUAGAGGAAGAGAGGUGCAGGAUAAAGUUGGAUAUGAUAUUCCUAAUGGACUCUUCGGGUAGUGUCGGAAGAAGAAAUUUCAGAAGAAUGAGGAAUUUCAUACGUGACUUUGCCGACAGUCUUGACAUUGGACCAAAUGCGACACAAGUCGGUGUCAUCCUAUUCAACGAGGCUGCCUGGGUCGGCUUUCACCUCAGUACGUUCUCGGAGAAAGUCCCCCUAAUAGCCGGGAUUAACGAUCUCCGCUACGACAAGGGGUACACAAAUACAGCAGAUGCUCUCUGUCUUCUCCUGGAGGAAGGCUUCUCGGAAGAGAACGGGGCACGUCUGACUGCGGCCGAGGUGUUUAGCAUUGCUAUCGUCAUCACCGAUGGAGUAUCUAACAGAAACUCCAGUAGAUGUGACAAUGCCACCACCUACGACACCGCAAAGGCUGUCCACAAUUCCUCCCACGGAAUUCUUGUGUUUGCCAUCGGGAUAACGGAUGGGGUUAAUGAACAGGAGCUCCUGGCUAUCGCCUCGAAGGAGGAGUACAUCACAUACCUUAAAGAUUUUAAUGAAUCCACCUUUGGAACAGCUCGUGAUGAGCAACUUUAUGAUCUUUGUACCAAAAGCACGAUACCACUGGAAGCUAGUAGUUCCCUGACUGGCAGUCUUGAAGAAGGAGGUCUUGUCCGUUAUGAGUUACAAGUCCCACCGCAGUUUCAGCUCUCACUCUACGUCUGUGUCAGCCAGGGAGAGAUACAGCUCUACGGCUCGUCUGUCAUCCUAAAUCCAAACUCUGCUCUGAAUGAUUUCAACACGAGCGUGAAUUCCACAAGUGUUAAUCCCUGUGCGAAUGUGAGCAUUGAUGGGUCAUCCAGUGGUAGUCAGACAGCUCAACGUGACUCAAUCUUUGUCUCAAUUGAAGGGUUAGACUCUACGAACGACUAUACCCUAGUCACCUCUACCUCCGAGCUACCUGGUGAUAAUAAUGAGAGGGGCAGCGGGGAACCACCAGAUGUGAUAUAUCCAAUAGAUGAUAAAGAAUGCUUCGGGCUCUCCUGUGUACUAAUCAUUGUCCUGAUCAUUGUGACGGUGGCUAUUUUCAUAGCUCUGGUGACCCUCUGUGCUCUCUGCCUGGCAGCACUAGCAUGGAGGAGAAAGAAACGGAACCGGGUCGGAGUGGCAGAUGGUCAGGAACUGCUAGAACCUCAAUUGUCCUCAAAGAAACAUACUUAUUCCCCGCAAUUCACUCAGGACACAAGAUAAUUUUUUAUACAGAAGCUAC